AUGGGACAGAGCAACAAUGUCACAGAAUUUGUCCUCCUGGGUCUUACUCAGGAUUCUUCUGGGCAAAAAGCAUUAUCUGUCAUGUUUUCACUCAUGUAUAUUGUGACAGUUGUAGGCAACUUGACAAUUGUAGUGACAGUGAUUGCCAGUCCCUUCUUGGGCUCCGCAAUGUACUUUUUCUUUGCCUGUCUGUCACUCAUAGAUGCUGUUUAUUCAACUGCCAUCUUGCCCAAAUUGGUUGUGGAUUUAAUGUGCAACCAAAAGACAAUUUCAUUCUCAGCUUGCAUGGGCCAGCUCUUCCUAGAGCACUUUUUUGGUGGUGUUGAGGUCUUUGUUCUGGUGGCAAUGGCCUAUGAUCGGUACGUAGCCAUCUGUAAGCCACUCUAUUAUUUGACCACCAUGAAUCAGCAGGUUUGUGUGCUUCUGUUAGUGGUGUCCUGUACCGGAGGGUUUGCCCACUCUCUGGUUCAAGUUCUGUUUGUUUACAACCUUCCUUUCUGUGGGCCCAAUGUCAUUGACCAUUUCAUCUGUGACAUGUACCCAUUGUUGGGACUGGCAUGCACCGAUACUUAUUUCCUUGGCCUCACUGUCAUUGCCAACAGUGGGGCAAUCUGUAUAGUGGUCUUUAGCCUUCUCCUAGUUUCCUAUGGAAUAAUUCUGAACUCUCUUAGGAGUCACAGUCAGGAGGGGAGACGCAAAGCCCUGUCCACCUGCAGCUCCCACAUCACGGUGGUUGUCCUUUUUUUUGUUCCCUGUAUUUUCAUGUAUGUCAGACCUGUCUCCAAUUUCCCUAUUGAUAAAUCCCUGACUGUAGUUUAUACAGUCAUCACUCCCAUGUUGAAUCCUUUAAUAUACACAUUGAGGAAUUCAGAGAUGAAAAAUUCUAUGAAAAAACUUUGGUGUGAAAAGUUAACUAGGGACAGAAGACAAAUGUUUCCUUGUUGA